AUGGCUUCUACUGCCCACGACCCCGGUGAUAAGCGCGCAUUCGACAUCUCCAUUCUCUGGCGAAGCCGUUCUACAUGCAAGGGGAGAGUUCCCCAACAGUGUGGGUGUGGAGAGCACUAUCGACGCAACGAAGGCAAGAGAACUACAGGGACAGCUUGCUCUCAGCUUCAUGAAUCGAUGGACGAACCUCAUACCCUGGUAAGAAGUCCGCGUGCAGUCACAGCAUUGCGCCGAGAGGCAUGGGGUCGUCCAACGACAGUUGCGUCUCCCACGGAGACCUUCACGUCUGGGAGUUCCGAUGACGACGCUAACCCGACCACAGUCGGCCCCCGUGUGGCACAAGUACCAGCCGUGACUUCUGUAGCUCCCCACCACCAUACUCGUCGUCGGCGGUCAACUGGAGACGCUCAGACGGUCGCGUACAUGGAGAUUCAAAACGUAGCGGAGCUCAUUCAGAAGAACCUGUUCCGAGCGCAGACGUGGAUUGAUGCGCUGCAGGUUAUGCGUCUUGUGGUGGUAAAUUGCAUCCCGAGUAUAUUUUGUGCCUGGAUUACUGUGGUUUUUUACGCGGUUGGCCCUCUGUGGUCUCCUUUCAUUCCGGUUUGGUCGUCGUCGAUGUGGUCGGCUCCAGUAUUUACAACUUCCAUGGCAUCAGCCGAGUUUGACGCCGUUGUGGGGUUCUACUUUGUUCUAAUCGCAUGCUUGGCUCACCUCGUCACGAAGUCCUUCACUGUGGGGAAUCGACUUUUCACGUUUUCAGCCGGAAUUUGGUCGCUCGAUCCAAACGCACCUGGGUUUUCGAGACUUCUCGCGCGAAAUGUGAUUUCGACAAGUGUUCCUCUCGCUAUGGCAGUGUCUAGUGGCGCAUAUUUCAUGGAAUUACUACGUUUUUAUCGGGUCGAUUACCGCAAGUAUGGGCGAAUUGACGUCUACGUGUUGUGUGCGACCAGCUACGCGUACGUUAUGUAUGCAGAGGUGCAUUUGCGGCUCAAACUCAUUCGGACAGUGCGUCGAUCACUUGUUUUCCUCCCAAGGGCGUCCGUAACGCCGGCACCGCUCAGUGUAAUUGGACCUGCGAUGGCAAAACCUACCGUGGAUUUCUCCAUCGCCCAUUCUAAGAACGUGGGGCCUCGACGAAUAGUGAAGUUGGGCGAGCUUAUGUUCCAGUUACUCCGAGCUCAAGCUCUGCCGGUGGCCACAUUCCACAUAGCUUUCCUAUUUCUUCACACCGUAGCGGCCUUAUCGCUGCAUGAACGGUGGCAGGCGAUACUUCUCGCUGGAGCCAGCCAAGCGCUUAAGCUCGCACUACAAGAGGCGGCGAAGAGACUACAACUGAAUCGCACACAACAACGCCAUUCAGCGCGUAUGGUGCACACUGUUAUGACGGUACCCACCAUUUGCAUCGACACUCCGAUCCGACUCGUGUUCAUGCAAAAAGGUGUCAACAGUUCGUCGAUUAUUUCCAGCUCGUUGGCUCUCGUGCUCUUCGAUGUCCUCUUCCGAGUGACGAAGAUGUUUUAUCUCCGCUACACGCUCUCGUCUCGACUAGCCAACUCGCGGAUCAUCAAGCGUCUACUUCACCGUGUCAAUUCUCGACUGGAAGCACGCGAUGCUAUUCGUGCACGAGCCGAGUACUCGCGCUUUCUCGACUGGAAGAACUACAGGCUUCGGUUGCAUGCCGCUGAAAUUUACGCCGACAUGCAUGGGAAAUACAUUUCCAUCGGACUAGCUGUUGCAAUGCUCUACACCCUCCGCUCCCAUCCGCGGUACGACUUGGGCUACAUGUCUUCGGCAACAGACACCCAGUUACUCGCGGCAAACGUUCAACUGGCCACAGGCCUGACUGCUGACCUUAUCGCCUGUGCGUUCGAAGGGAUUCAAGAAGUACCAAUGUUUGCAAGUCUAGUGGAUGAAGGCGCACCGCUGCUUCGCUACCUGCGUCUGCUAAUGAGUGUACUCACCGCAGUUAAUGUUGGAGUCAUUGCACUGUUUGCUAUGAGACCACAAAUAUAA